AGUGCGCCUCCUUUCGCAUAUGUACGACGCGCAAGUCUUACCAGGAGGCUCCGCGAUAGGGCAGCGCGAAGCGACAGCGUUUGGACCCGGGGGCUGACCGUAGCGCGGGGCCGGAAGCAGAGGCUCGUAGGCAGCUCUGAGGUUUGGAGGCAGCGGGGUAGGUCGCGGGCAGCUGUCUGUCCUGCUCCUUUUGACAGCCCCUGUGCAAACGGCUGCCACCAUGUCUUCAGUGAGCCCCAUCCAGAUCCCCAGCCGCCUCCCGCUGCUGCUCACUCACGAGGGCGUCCUGCUGCCCGGCUCCACCAUGCGUACUAGCGUGGACUCGGCCCGCAACCUGCAGCUGGUGCGGAGCCGCUUGCUGAAGGGCACGUCGCUGCAGAGCACCAUUCUGGGCGUCAUCCCCAACACGCCUGACCCCGCCAGCGACGCGCAGGACCUGCCACCGCUGCACAGGAUCGGGACGGCUGCACUGGCUGUUCAGGUUGUGGGCAGUAACUGGCCCAAGCCCCACUACACUCUGUUGAUUACCGGCCUAUGCCGUUUCCAGAUUGUACAGGUCUUAAAAGAGAAGCCAUAUCCCAUUGCUGAAGUUGAGCAGUUGGACCGACUUGAGGAGUUUCCCAACACCUGUAAAAUGAGGGAGGAGCUGGGAGAACUAUCAGAGCAGUUUUACAAAUAUGCAGUACAAUUGGUUGAAAUGUUGGAUAUGUCUGUCCCUGCAGUUGCUAAAUUGAGACGUCUUUUAGAUAGUCUUCCAAGGGAAGCUUUACCAGACAUCUUGACAUCGAUUAUCCGAACAAGCAACAAAGAGAAACUCCAGAUUUUAGAUGCUGUGAGCCUGGAGGAGCGAUUCAAGAUGACUAUACCACUGCUUGUCAGACAAAUUGAAGGACUGAAAUUGCUUCAGAAAACCAGAAAACCCAAGCAAGAUGAUGAUAAGAGGGUUAUAGCAAUACGCCCCAUUAGGAGAAUUACACAUAUCCCAGGUACUUUAGAAGAUGAAGAUGAUGAUGAAGAUAAUGAUGACAUUGUCAUGCUAGAGAAAAAAAUACGAACAUCUAGUAUGCCAGAGCAGGCCCAUAAAGUCUGUGUCAAAGAGAUAAAGAGACUCAAAAAAAUGCCUCAGUCAAUGCCAGAAUAUGCUCUGACUAGAAAUUAUUUGGAACUGAUGGUAGAACUUCCUUGGAACAAAAGUACAACUGACCGCCUGGACAUUAGGGCAGCCCGGAUACUUCUGGAUAAUGACCAUUAUGCCAUGGAAAAAUUGAAGAAAAGAGUACUGGAAUACUUGGCUGUCAGACAGCUGAAAAAUAACUUAAAGGGCCCAAUCCUAUGCUUUGUUGGCCCUCCUGGAGUUGGUAAAACAAGCGUGGGAAGAUCAGUGGCCAAGACUCUAGGUCGAGAGUUCCACAGGAUUGCGCUUGGAGGAGUAUGUGAUCAGUCUGACAUUCGAGGACACAGGCGCACCUAUGUUGGCAGCAUGCCUGGGCGCAUCAUCAAUGGCUUGAAGACUGUGGGAGUGAACAACCCAGUGUUCCUAUUAGAUGAGGUUGACAAACUGGGAAAAAGUCUACAGGGUGAUCCUGCAGCAGCUCUGCUUGAGGUGUUGGAUCCUGAACAAAACCAUAACUUCACUGAUCAUUAUCUAAAUGUGGCCUUUGACCUUUCUCAAGUUCUUUUUAUAGCUACCGCCAACACCACUGCCACCAUUCCAGCUGCCUUGUUGGACAGAAUGGAGAUCAUUCAGGUUCCAGGGUAUACACAGGAGGAGAAGAUAGAGAUUGCCCAUAGGCACUUGAUCCCAAAGCAGCUAGAACAACAUGGGCUGACUCCUCAACAGAUUCAGAUCCCUCAGGUCACCACUCUUGACAUCAUCACCAGGUAUACCAGAGAGGCAGGGGUUCGUUCUCUGGACAGAAAACUUGGGGCCAUUUGCCGAGCUGUGGCCGUGAAGGUGGCAGAAGGACAGCCUAAGGAGGCCAAGUUGGAACGCUCUGAUGUGGCUGAGAGAGAAGAUACUAAAGGAAUUGUUCAGUUUGUGAACUGUGUGAGAUCUAUGGUUUUUCAUGUUUGCAGAGAACACAUCUUGGAAGAUGAAAAACCUGAAUCUAUCAGUGACACUGCUGAAUUGGCCCUACCUCCUGAAAUGCCGAUUUUGAUUGAUUUCCAUGCUCUGAAAGACAUCCUUGGACCCCCGAUGUAUGAAAUGGAGGUAUCUCAGCGUUUGAGUCAACCAGGAGUGGCGAUAGGCUUGGCUUGGACUCCCUUAGGUGGAGAAAUCAUGUUCGUGGAGGCGAGUCGAAUGGAUGGCGAGGGCCAAUUAACUCUGACCGGCCAGCUUGGGGACGUGAUGAAGGAGUCUGCUCACCUCGCUAUCAGCUGGCUCCGCAGCAAUGCAAAGAAGUACCAGCUGACCAACGCUUUUGGAAGUUUUGAUCUUCUUGACAACACAGACAUCCAUCUGCACUUCCCAGCUGGAGCUGUCACAAAAGAUGGACCAUCUGCUGGAGUUACCAUAGUAACCUGUCUCGCCUCACUUUUUAGUGGGCGGCUGGUGCGUUCAGAUGUGGCCAUGACUGGAGAAAUUACACUGAGAGGUCUUGUUCUUCCAGUGGGUGGAAUUAAAGACAAAGUGCUGGCCGCACACAGAGCAGGACUGAAGCAAGUCAUUAUUCCUCGGAGAAACGAAAAAGACCUUGAGGGAGUCCCGGGCAACGUACGACAGGAUUUAAGUUUUGUCACAGCAAGCUGCCUGGAUGAGGUUCUUAAUGCAGCUUUUGAUGGUGGCUUUACUGUCAAACCCAGACCUGGUCUCUUAAAUAGCAAACUGUAGGCCCAUAUCUCAACUUUGUAGAAUUUUAAGUUAUGAAGUGCUCAGAGGUACUGACACAGUUGAUUUAUUCACACCAUUAGGGGUAGGCAAGAUGUCCCUGUUUCGUAACAGGGACAUAAUCACAACACUAGUGAACCACAAGUAGUGGCUAAUGUUUAGUAUAGAAAUAGAAGAUGUUGAUUGCCGGACAUGGUGGCUCACGCCUGUAAUCUCAGCACUUUGGGAGGCCAAGGCAGGUGGAUCACGAGGUCAGGCGAUCAAGACCAUCCUGACUAACUUGGUGAAACCCUGUCUCAAAAAAAAGCUGUUGAUUUAGUAAACUGAUAAAAAUCAAA